UUUGGCUCGAGUGCCGCGCAGGCGCGCCUGCUGCCUGCCCCGCACGCCGCCAUGUCGCCGCUGCGCGCGGCGCUGAUCGCCGCGCGCCCGUGCCCGCACAGGGGCCACGCGGGCGAGCGCGACGGCCGCCCGGCGCGCACCGCCCAGCGCAGGCUCGUUCUCGGGACCAUCCCGGAGGACGAGGCCGAGGUCGCGGUUUCUGACCCGCCGCCGAAGCGCCGGGCGGCGGGCCUCAGGAAGAAGGCAACGGCGGCCGCCCCGAGGGCCCGAGGCGGCGCGGCGCGGCGCCGGGGCCCGGGCGAGCCCGAGCGCGGGAGCCCGCUGCUCGACGGCCUGGUGGCCGAGCUGGUCGCGGGCAGCGCCGCCGCCGCGCAGGGCGCGACGGACCACGGGCCGCUGGCCGCGGGGCUGAUGCUCAGCGCGGACACAAGCGCCAUUCGGACUCGACCGACACGGCCUACAACAGCCUCAGCGAGCUCACGGAGACGGAGGACGGCUGGAGCUCCGGCGGCAGCAGCCCGGGCCAUGAGGCCGGCUGGGCGAGCCUGGCGCCGUGGUCGUGGGUCGAGACUGGCGAGGAGGCGCUGCAGCGACACGGCGAGGAGGUGGCCUUGGUCGGCAUCGCCUUGGACUCGUGGGGGCCGCGCGGGAUGA